CACACUCGCGCUCUCCAGCACAUCCACACGCGCUGUCACUUCUCUGCGCGAGCACAGCAGUGCGCAACAACACGCUUCUGUGCGCAACGCAAUUCCACUCCUGACUGGCAGUUUGGACAAAACUUGCUGCCUCCCGAGUUGACUGAAUGACUUUCGCGAGCAAGACGAUAUCAGAACAUUUAAACCAGGAGGGCAGCGUGAUUUAAGCGGACGAUUAAGAGAGAAACCCCCGCAGAAACCUCUAUCAAACCAACGGACAGCAAUAAGGCAAUGGAGCGCAAUAGCGCACGCAAACCCGUGACAGUUGAAGACUUCUAAUUUAGUAUUAUUUGAGGAAAACGCGGCUGUUUUGUGACAAAGCAUGACUUUAUGAGUACAUGAAAUAGAUCAUGCACAGUUUGCGUUUGCUGUGCGCAAUUGGCUCAACAGAACUGCAUUUGAAUGUGAAAUUCUGAGCACUGUUAAGGCAAAAAGGCUUGUUUUUCUUUGCUUUUCUCACUCUGUUUUAUCGGCGUUUGUUCCUUGAAGAAGAUCACUAGUUGAAUACAGGUCACUUCUUCAAGAAAGCGCAUUUUUGGAAAGAUGGAUUUCUGGAUAUCUCAACAAGGGAUUGCAUUUAUUUUUUGCUUCGUUCUGAAAGUCGGCGCAACAGAAAUUGAGGCAUGCGGAGGCCAGCUGGAUGCCAGUAAUGCUGGUUAUAUCACAUCUCCAGGAUACCCUCUUGAAUACCCACCUCAUCAGAGCUGCCAGUGGGUAAUCAGCGCACCCGAACCCUCUCAGCGCAUCGUGCUAAACUUCAACCCCCACUUUGAGCUGGAACGACUGGAUUGCAGGUAUGACUUCAUAGAGAUCCGAGAUGGGAAUUCUGAGUCCGCGGACCUGCUGGGAAGGCACUGCAGUAACAUUGCUCCUCCUGCCAUAAUUUCCUCGGGUCCCGUCAUCCACAUCAAGUUUGUGUCUGAUUACGCGCACCAGGGUGCCGGCUUCUCCCUGCGAUACGAGAUCUACAAGACUGGAGCCGAACACUGUUUCCGAAAUUUCAGCGCUCCAACCGGAGUGAUUGAGUCUCCUGGUUUCCCUGACAAGUACCCUCAUAACUUGGAGUGCUCCUUCAUCAUCAUCUCUCCUCCUCAGACAGAGGUCACACUCACCUUCCAGACCUUUGACCUGGAAAAUGACCCUUUGCUGAUGGGGGAAGGAGAAUGCAAGUAUGACUGGCUGGAUGUUUGGGACGGCCUGCCACAAGUGGGACCUCUGAUCGGACGAUACUGUGGGACGAAGAUCCCUCCAGAGAUCCAGUCUUCCACAGGCCUUCUGUCGCUGUCCUUCCACACUGACAUGGCUGUGGCUAAAGAUGGUUUCUCUGCCCGCUAUAACAUGACUCGCAAGGAAAUUAGUGACACAUUUCACUGUAGCAAUGCAUUUGGAAUGGAGUCUGGUAAGAUCUCUGAUGAUCAGAUUUCGGCGUCCAGCUCAUUUUAUGAUGGUCGCUGGCAGCCGCGUCAGGCACGUCUGAACAACGAGGACAACGCUUGGACGCCUUCUGAGGACAGCAGCAAGGAAUACAUACAGGUGGAUCUUCACUUCCUCAAGGUACUGACUGGGAUCGCUACCCAAGGAGCCAUUUCCAAGGAGACCCAUAAGUCUUACUACGUCACCACCUUCAAACUGGAAGUCAGCACUAAUGGAGAGGACUGGAUGAUCUAUCGGCACGGCAAAAACCAUAAGACUUUUCAUGCCAACACUGACCCAUCUGAGGUGGUUUUGAAUCGUAUUCCCCAGCCCGUUCUGGCCCGGUUUGUUCGUAUUCGACCACAGCUCUGGAAUAACGGCAUUGCACUGCGCUUUGAGCUUUAUGGCUGCCAAAUUACAGAUGCUCCUUGUUCGGAGCUCCAGGGAAUGCUGUCCGGGCUCCUCCCUGAUUCCCAGAUCUCAGCCUCCUCGGUGAGGGACCUUCACUGGGCUCCUGGAGCAGCACGUCUGGUGGCCAGCAGAUCAGGUUGGUUUCCUGGCCCUGCCCAGCCUAUAGCUGGAGAAGAAUGGCUCCAAGUGGACCUCGGGACACCCAAGACAGUGCGCGGAGUGAUAACCCAAGGAGCACGGAGCGGGGAAGGAGGAACCAGCUCGGAGAACCGGGCUUUCGUUCGGAAGUACCGUCUAGCACACAGCCUGAAUGGGAAAGACUGGAACUUUGUAAUGGAUAGCAAGACUAGCAUGCCCAAGCUUUUUGAGGGGAACACACACUAUGACACCCCAGAGCUGAGGCGUUUUGAGGAACUGGCCGCACAGUUUAUCCGCAUCUAUCCAGAGCGCUGGUCUCCGGCAGGGAUCGGAAUGAGAAUGGAAGUCCUGGGCUGCAACCUGCCAGAAACCUCCACACCAGCUGUAGAGACAUCCAAACCAACUCAAGCCUCCUCUGUAGAAACCAGCACAAUGCAGAAACCCAGUCCAGUUACCAGCGCUGCCCUGCCGUCUCACAAAGGACUGUGUGAUUUUGAGCAAGGUUUGUGUGGUUGGACCCUUGACCCCGAUUCUGACCUCAGCUGGGCGCUACACAGCUCCAGCAAAAGCACCGCCUUGGGUCAGAGUCAAGAUCUUUCCAUGGGCUCAAACAGUUUGGGAAACUACCUGUACAUCGAGGCCAGUCCUGAGACGCAAGGCCAGAAAGCCCGGCUGUUCAGUCCCAGUGUGGAUCCUGACACCGGACCUCUCUGUCUGAUGUUCUCCUAUCAGCUGGAGGAUCAGGGAACCCUGAGGGUCCUGCUGCAGAACAAACACCAAGAGGAAACCCUGCUCUGGUCCCUCCGUGGAGACCAGGAGCCCAUCUGGAAAGAAGGGCGGACCAUCAUACCUCAGUCUCCUAAUGAAUUUCAGGUGGUAAUCGAAGGAUUUUUUGAGGGUACCAAAGGCCAUAUCUGGAUUGAUAACAUCCACAUGAGUGUAAACACACCACUGGAGGAGUGUACUCAGCCUUUUGCCGCGUUCCCUCCAGAUAUGUCUGGGGGAGCCCUACCAGGCAAGAGUGAGCCAACAAUAGAUACGCUGUCAGUACCACCCGUUUUGCCCAACUGGUAUUACGUAAUGGCUGGUGGAGGAGCCAUCUUGUUCCUGCUCAUUGUCAUUGUCAUGGCCAUUAGCUGUCGCCAUCUUACGGCCAGGAGGAACCAACCCACAAUGGCCUACUACAGCCCCCACAAUGCACAUUAUCCGAACGGCGGCCUGCACAGGGCUGGGGUGACGCCCAAGUUGACUGUAUGGGUUGAGAAGGGUGAUGGGAAUUCCUACUGGUGACCACCUGGACUAAAGGUUUAGAGGUUUACCUGCAAAUGCUGACUUCCUAAAGGAAGUCCUUGACAAAUGCAGAUCUCAGACUGAAGAGUUGGAGGAGAAACUCAAAGAACGCUCUCAGAUGCUUGGAUUCGAAUGCAUCCAGAUGAAUCCAACACUUUGAUUUCUGUGUUCUGUUCUGUUCUGUUCUUUUCUUUCUUGGAUAGUGACGACCCUGUCUUACUAGCGUGCUCAGCUUGUUUACGACAUCUAGCCAGCUCGUAUUUAUCUGGAGGGAACUUCUCCAAGAGCAAAUCUGUAUCUGGCCUCUUGAUGAACGCCUAGCCAAGAGAACGUGUUAUCCAAUGACCUCAAUCACUGAUCCUGGACUGACUUUGAUCCAAUGUGCUGUACUUAUGUUAAAUCAAUGCGACUGGACAAGGUCAGAACAUCGGUGACUUCAGAGCUGUUGUGGUCAUGCCACAAUGUUUGCACUUUGACUAGUCCCUGAGAUUGAUUACGAGUACUUUACCUGAUUAGAGCAGAACAUGGGAACAGACCUUUGGUGGAAGAGAGAAUAUGAAGCUUUCAGAUGCAUUUAAGCAUAUGGGCGAGGCUCCAUUACUGAGAAUGUGCUUCUUAGCACUUUUUGAAUACAAAGCAAGCAUGAUUUAAUUAGUAAUAAGGGAAGGUGAAGUAUUGCUUAAAAGGUUUCUGCAUGUAAACAACUUAAGUCUGAUAAAUGGAGAGUCCACCUAAGAUGAUAUAAACAUAUGGUGUCAUAAUGAACACUGCCUUUAAAGUCAACAUGAAAUCAAAAUUGAGUCUUAUUGUGAACAGUUAAUCAAUGCAUUGUCAUUACAAAGAGAAAAAUGCUUGUGUAAUGAGUUUAUUUUUUUUACUUAUGUAACUUAGAUCAUACCAAUUACUGGUUAAUGUUAUUGGCAACAACUGUUUUAGGCUGCAGUUGUAUGUAACACAGCCUUUCUUAAAACCUUGCCAAUAUUUACCGCGGUAAAUUAAUGCCAGAUAAAAAUAAAAAAGCCUCACUGAAAAUAGCAGGAAGAAUGUGCAAACUCACUUUUAGACUCUGUCCUUGUAUGAAACGCCAUAUUUUCACCAUUCAAUCAAUUCUCACAGAAUAAGUCCCAUCUAAAAGUUGUUCAUUAUGGAACUAAAAUGCACUGCAAAUGUUCUUUCAUGUUGACUUUAAACAUUUUAUUAGGCAUGGUUUUAUAUCAAUGAUGUGCUCAACUUAAAAUGAAGGGAUGGCGGCAUCAGUGAGAUAAGAGAAUUAUGUGAAAGAGGGAUUCAGCAAGGGAGUCUUCAUGUUUUGUGUUUGUUUCUGUGUUCUCUGUGGCAGUAUCUAGGUUAUUCCUUUCUAUCUUGCAUUUCUCACAUUCGUUUCCCAAAGAUCCCCUAAAACUGUGUUGGCGUGUGUUAUUCUGAGCGAACGUUUGCUGGUGCGGAGGCUCCAAAAACAAGUCCCAUAAACAAAGACAGCUGUUUCCUUUCUCCGUCUCCACGCUAUGAAGAAGCACUGAGCGCUGGGGUGGGAGAGAACUUGCGCAGAUAUCAACACCUGGUAGCAAUUUUGGUUCAUUGAAGCAUCGUGAAGCUUCAGGAGUGAUUAGCAUUGAAUGCUGUCCAAGAUUGCCAUAUGCUUUUUCAUAGCCAUGUUGAAUCAUUUACUGAAUUGAGUUGUCAUUGAGUUUUAUAGGUUAUAUUAAUCAGUUCUGUAUUAGGACAGGGGAGUGUCACGAACAUACUGUGACAGUACCAUUUGAUUAUUAUAUAGUAUUGCAGUGCUACUCCAAGGUAUUACCUUAGUACACAAGUCCAAAGGGGUAACCGUUUUAAAGGAAUAGGUCUCCCCAAAAUGAAAACUUAAUGCAAUGUUAUUUAUUAUGACUUCCUUUCUUCUAAGACAAAAGGAAAUGUUUUAAAGAAUUUUCAUUAUGCAACUCUAUGUAAGUGAAAAGGAUUUCACCAUAUAUCAUUUUGUAUGGAACCACAGGAUAUAUUUAUGUGAGCAAAAAUAAAGCCAUUAUUUGCUCAAAACUAAUUUGCAUUGGUGUUUAAUCAAGUACGGUGGCAAAUUUGACAUUAGUGAUGUUCAAUGAUAGCCCAUGUUCAACCCCUUUCGUGUUUUCAUUUUAUAGAAAAAGUUUAAACAUUUCCUUUUGUCUUUCACAUAUGAAAGAAAGGUAUGCAGGUUUGGAACGACUUGAGUAAAUGAUUACCGAAUUAUCAUUUUCAUGUGAACUAUGCCUUUAAGAAUAUUCUGCAGAUCUAGAAAAAGCAUUUCAAAGGUCUUCAUGUCGAUAUAAGAAGUAUAGAGCUGUUCAAAAUGGAAAUAAAAGGAUAAAGACCCUUGGCUCCUGCGGGGCUUUUUAAUGCCAUUUCCUGCUGUGAGGUGGUAAGAGAUGUUUUGGCACCGUCAUGCAAUGUGCUUUUAAAGCAGCCACUUUAUCUCUCUUUUCUUUCCUAAACCGUGUCCCCCUUUCUUUCUUCACUCUUAAUAUUUUUUAAUUAGUUAAUGGACCAGAUACCAUUUAUUAAAGCUGCUAAAGGCGUUCAGUCUCCCGCCCCGUGUCUCUCGUCGACUCGGGAAACCACAUUAAUGAGUGCGAGUGCUCUCUCUCGAGAACACCGUCAACACGUCACCCAGCGAGGUGUGAUGCCAAACAGCCAUUCUUCUCGGGCUCUUAAAUGCAUCGCGUAUCCUGAACCGAGAAUACUUCUAAUAAAGCAAAACAGUCUAUUUUUCAAAGAGCGGAGGAUUGAGGUUGAUGUUCACACCCCUGCCGAUGUCUGCUCGGAUCCGAAUGGCUCAUGCUAACUGUACUUUUGGACACGGCAUCUCAGGGGUUGUCGAACAAUCGACAUCAUUCUCCUCGGUGGUGGGGAGUUGGGUAGAAUAGAUCGCUCACAAUGGAUCCAGUCAGGCUACCGCCUUCACAUCCUUGGUGUGCGAGCUCUCACAUUGAUUUCUUUGCUUUUAGACACAUUGUGCUCUGACUUGGACAUUUUUGGAACAAAGCGACCUGAUCCAUAAAGCCAUCUGAAAAUUAUGGGCCUUUUAUUACACCGCAAAGCUUACUUAGGCGGUGGUGAUGCUUCUGUACCAGACUAUGAAUUUAAUCAUAAUAAUGAGGAUGAUGAUGAUAAUGCACUUUGCUUUAUUAAAAAGUACCUUCUAACUGUGGUCAGCCUAUACCUCAACUUUGAAAUGAGUAAAUUGUUUAAAAUGCGAAUGUGAACAGAAUAUUUUUUUGCUUGAUGAAUUUGUGUCUUGAAAACCUGCUUUUAAAAUGUGACAAUAAAAUCUUAUUUUUUUAAUCCUCA